UGUUCGUCUAGUAUAGGCGCGUGCGUCGCCACUUCCUUUCGACCAAGGAUUUUUUUAAUAGAUCGUGUGUGUGUCUGUGUGUUGAUUGAAAAUGGUGGAGGUUGUUGGUGUUUUGGGGGCAAAAAAGCCAGAGAGCAGCGUGGGCAUGCGUCAUGUGAUCACGCUGCUGUUGUUCCUGGCGACGACGGUGUCGUACGCGACUCGGGUUAGCAUGAGCGUCGCUAUCGUGGCCAUGGUCAGCGAGAACCAGUAUGGCUAUCCUGUGUUCGACUGGGACCGCGGGGUCCAGGAUAUGAUCCUGUCCUCUUUCUUCUGGGGCUACAUCGUGCUCCAAGUGCCCGCUGGCAUGUUGGCUGGCAAGUUCGGCGGGAAGUACCUCAUCCUCGCCACUAUGGUUACGAAUGGCAUCAUCAAUAUGGUGGUGCCAUUCGCUGCUAUGCAUGGUGGUUGGACGGCGGUAUGUGCUUGUCGGAUUGUUAUGGGACUGACUCAGGGUCUCUUAUAUCCGAGUCUGCACAGCUUUCUGGGACACUGGGCGCCAACAUCUGAAAGAAGUAGAAUGGGCACCUUUGUUUACGCUGGUGGUCAACUGGGGACUAUAGUCGAAAUGAUGACGUCAAGCCUACUGUCCGCGAGUCGAUGGGGCUGGCCGUCCAUCUUCUACGUCGCUGGUGUGACCUGCUUCGUCUGGUCUGGUCUUUGGCUGGUCCUCGGAGCUUCUACCCCUGGCACCAGCAAGUGGAUCUCUAAGGAGGAGAGGAAAUAUAUCGAGACGAAUUCUUGCUCGGAUGAAAUCGGAGCUCAUAAGAACAUGACAAUACCUUGGAAGAACAUCUGGACUUCGAUGCCGUUCUGGGCGAUCCUGUUGGCCCACUGUGGACAAAGUCUGGGCUUCUGGACCCUGCUCACCGAGAUGCCUUCCUACAUGGCAUACGUUCUCAACGUUAACAUUAAAAAUAAUGGUCUGCUAUCGGCGCUUCCGUACGUGGCUAUGUACAUUUUGAGCUUCGUCUUUGGCUGGUUGUCAGACUUCUUGGUCAACAGGAAUAUCAUCCGAGCCGUGACAGCUAGGAGGAUAUUCAAUACUAUUGCUUUGUGGGGUCCAGCAGCUGCUCUCCUCAUCCUGUCCUACCUGCCGCCAGGUCAUUUGACGUUGGCCGUGGUCAUACUGACCGUCACUGUUGGGCUAAACGGAGCCCAUUAUGUGGGCUUCAUGAUGUCUCACAUCGAUCUGUCUCCGAACUUUGCGAGUGUGAUGAUGGGCAUCACUAACGGAGUGGCCGGGAUCUUCUCCAUCAUGGCGCCGCUCAGCGUUUCAAUUGUGGUCAAAGACCAGACAUUAGCAUCAGAAUGGCGAAAAGUAUUCUUCAUCUCGAUCGCGUUCUACUUCUUCUGCAACCUGUUCUAUAUCACCUUCGUCUCUGGAGACCUGCAGCCCUGGAACGAGCCCAAGCAUAACACUGAUGAAGAGAGUGGCGCAAAAAACGAAACCGAGAAAGAAGAAAAUGUAUCAAAAUUCUAGAUAAUUAUCAUAAUAAUUAGGUGAAAUUAUGGUAAUGAGACAGCUGUACAUUACGGCUGUGGGGUAUUUUAUUUUGUUGUAAGUUUAAAAAGUACCUAUUCUUGUCACGUUAUUAAAAGCCGCUUGAAUAUGAUACAAAACUGGCUGUAUCAUGUUGUCUGUGAUAUUUUGUGGAAAAUAAAUAAUUCGUAUUCACUAUUGUCAACCUUUUUCCUGGUAGUCUUGUGAUAAAUGGAAAAAAUCUCCGCCGAGAACCUUCGUCGUCUUGAACACUAAUUUUACAUACAAAAUGGAUACAUAUUUCCGAUGCUGAGCAUAAAUAUAGAUAUUAUGUUUUAAACCAAUAAAAUGUUCAAGAGACAAACGAAUGUAGCAAAGAAUCAAAGUUUGCUCAAUUUUUAUCAAAAUAAUAUUUGAAAAUUAAUGUCAUUUAAUUAAUUAGUCAUUUUCGAAGAAUAUCAAAUUUUUACUUUUAUGCAUCAUUUUUACUUACAUAAUAUCAGUUAGAAAAACUUAAAAUCGUAUCUUUUACAUUUUAUUUCGAUAACAGUUCGAUUUUUUGCUAAAAAUAAGCAACAAAAACUUUUCUGUGUGGAAUAAUUGUAUGUAUUUGACUUAAUUUUAACCGGCGCUGGCCGCUGACGUUAUGACAAAAUGGCGUAUUUUGCGUUUUUCUGUGCAAGUUAAAGUUAACGGUGCCACCCACGACCCAACUAAAUAUUAUAAUUGUCAAUUUAAUUUAUUUUGAGGUUUGUGAUAAUUAACGUUCAUUAGGACCUAGUAUUGUUAUUAUAAAGUGAUAUUUUAUUAGUUAUUAAAAGACCUACCCCCAUAAAAUAAAAUUAAUCAGCAUAUUUUUAUAUCAAAUCGAGUCUGAAAAUUUUCGAUUUCAUCAACCAACUGAAAAUAGCGGCCCAAAGCCGUGAGGAUUUCCGUAUGCUGACCUCCAAACUUCAAUUCGAAGAUGGCGCCCCAUGAUGACGAUGAUGAUCAAUCAAGAAACAUAGCUUCCUAUUUUCAUAGGAAUCAUUUUGAAGUAGUAUAUAACACACUCCUUUUUUUCAAGGGGAAAAAUAGUGCCGUAUAGUAUUUUACAUUGUUAAGUAAUUAUUUAUUGUAUAUUUUGUAAAUAUUGAAUUUUAAGAUAAAGUU